GAGGGCACCAGGUUGGCAAGGCUGAAAGCGUGUGUCCCAAUCUGAAGUUCUUUGCCAGCAUGCUAAAAGGGGAUAAAGUUGGAACUAGCAACCAGACUUUUAGGAGUUCUCUUCACGGAAUCAAGUCCCGCCUGCUAAAUCUGAACUCCUGUCCAUUUAGGGCAGAGGCAGAUUUUCUCCCAAUUCAAAAAUGACAAGGAAGCCUAUGAAUGAAAAAUGUUGCAGUAUGAAUACCACAACUUACUAGGUACGUGUGUGUUUGUGUGUAAUUAAAAGCAUGGGAAGCAAUCCAGAAGCAUUUGCUGCUACUUGAGAAAACAUUCAGCAACUACAAAGAUCUGGAGACAUGUUUUGUUUAAAAAGCAAAGAUCAUGUGAUCCCUGAGUCAUUUCCAGGAAGGGAAACUCCCAGUGACUGAAAACUGAAAAAGCGAAACUUAACUGAGUCUUCAGCGCGAGGGAGCCAUGGCUGCUGCAGGGGGUCACAUCCAGCGUCUCUGUGAUGAAGCCACUUGCUCCAUCUGCCUGGAUUACUUCAAGGAUCCAGUGACCAUCCCAGAGUGUGGGCACAACUUCUGCCGAUCCUGCUUGGUCCUGUUCUGGGGGGAAUCGGAGGCGGAGGCUUCCUGCCCCCAGUGCAGAGAAAGAGUCCAGAGAAGGAGCCUCGUCUCCAACCGGCAACUGGCUAAUAUGGUGGAAAUAGCCCAGAAUCUCAGCCUUCAAGAGGGAAAGGAGGAAGGAGGGAAAGGGAGAAUCUGCGAGGAUCACCAGGAGCCCCUCAAGCUCUUCUGCAAAGUCCACGAAGCCCCCAUCUGCCUGGUUUGUGACAGAUCGAAGGAACAUGAAAAUCACAAGGUGAUUCCUCUGAAGGAGGCUUUGGAGGAAUACAAGGGAGAGAUCUGUCACCACCUGGAGAUUCUGAGGAAAGAGAGAGAGGAAAUUCUGGCCCAUCAAGCAGAUCUGGACAAGGAAAGCAAAGACCUCCUUAAAUUAACAGAAACAGAGAGGCUGAAGAUUGUGGAGAAGUUCAGCGAACUGCGCCAGUUCCUGGAAGAACAAGAAAAAGGUCUGCUGAAUCAUAUGGAAGAGGUGGAGAAGGAGAUUGCAGGGAGAAGGGAUGAGCAGCUGGCCAGACUCUCCAGGAAACUCUCCUCUCUUGAGAGGAUCAUCCAGGAGAUGGAGGAGAAGAGUCAGCAGCCAGCAAGUGAACUCCUGCAGGAUGUGAGAAAGACCUUGCAGAGGUAAGUGGAUCUGGCUCAUUUCCAUUAGCAUCACUCCAUGAUUCCAGGAUGCAAGAACCUCAGACAUGGCCCCCCAGGGGCUGCAGGGGGGAGACUGGAGGACUCACUCCCUGAGGCAUCUCACAGGUAAAAGCAGGGCCCCCUCUUCUGAACUUGUAGCUCCCCAAUUCUCCCUCCAAGGAUCAAGGUCAGCUGCCUCCUCCCUCCCUCCCCACAUCACUUCACACAGGGAUGGGGGCUCUUUUCUUUCUCUUCCACCUUCUGUUCAUUGACUUUGGUAAUUUCAAACAUGUAGAAGAGAAAGUGCCAAAGAUCCCUGGGAACAGCUUAGGAAAUACCAGUAUAUUUCCACGUCCCACUGGAAGCUCCC